AUGAACGAGAGCGUGUGCGCGGACGACGAGCCGCCCGCGCCCGCGCCCGCGCCCGCGCCCGCGCCGCCCGCGCCCGCGCCCGACGACAUACUGCAGUGCAUCAGCACGUGCGCAAACAACACGCGCCUCUCCCUUGCCAACUUACUGCCCUCGAGGCAACGUUUGGAACUGAUGCGAGAGAUGUACCACAAUGAGGCGGAAUUAUCGCCCACUUCGCCCGAUCACAACAUCGAGUCGGUCACCGGCGGUGAUCCGUUCUACGAUAGAUUCCCAUGGUUCCGUCUAGUUGGACGGAGCUUCGUUUAUUUGUCGAACCUCCUGUACCCGGUUCCGCUCAUUCACAAGGUCGCUAUCGUGAACGAGAAAGGAGACGUGAAAGGCUACCUGCGGGUGGCUGUACAGGCAGUCAUCGACGCCGAAAAAAAUAACGCCGAAUUCGCAGCCGGUGUGAAACAAUCAGCUAAGAUAUCAUUCGACGACGACAUCGCGCCCGCGCGCUCUCGACUCAAGGCCAUCUCUAGCGUGGAGAAGAAUAACGCACUCAACGCAAUCAACAUGGAGGACCGGCCUGAACAAGACUCCAAUAUUAAAAUUGAAGAGCUGGCAGUGGGUGAAUGUGACGCUGACAGCGGGCGCGGAGACAGUUCCCUCGCCUCAGAGCUGAAGGAGGAAGACCUCCCGGAACACCUGACCCUGGGUCGCGAGUUCACAUUCCGCGUGACCGUGCUGCAGGCGCACAGCGUGUCUACUGACUACGCUGACGUGUUCUGCCAGUUUAAUUUCCUGCACAGAAAUGAAGAUGCGUUUUCAACAGAACCUGUCAAAAAUACCGGAAAGAACACGCCUCUAGGCUUUUACCACGUACAAAAUAUCACAGUACCAGUGACAAAGUCCUUCGUCGAAUAUAUUAAGUCACAACCCAUCGUUUUUGAAGUAUUCGGACAUUACCAACAACAUCCAUUGCAUAAGGACGCAAAACAAGACGGGCCAGUGCAUAGGGCUCCGCCCCGCCGCAUGCUGCCUCCCUCCCUACCUAUAUCGGCCCCGGUGCGAAGCCCCAAGUGGGGCGCCGCCAGCGUGGCGCCGCCCUGCUGCUCCUCACACUUGCACUCCAAACAUGAUCUGCUUGUUUGGUUUGAGAUCUGUGAAUUAGCGCCCAGUGGGGAUUAUGUGCCGGCUGUGGUGGAGCACAGCGACGAGCUGCCGUGCCGCGGGCUGUUCCUGCUGCACCAGGGCAUCCAGCGCCGCAUCCGCAUCACCAUCCUGCACGAGCCCUCCUCCGACCUGCAGUGGGCAGACGUCAGGGAGCUCGUUGUUGGGCGUAUCCGAAACACACCGGAGGCUAACGAGGACACGACGGACGGGGACGAGGACGGAGCGCUGUCCCUCGGACUGUUCCCCGGAGAACGACCCACGCUCGACGACCGGGCCGUGUUCAGGUUCGAGGCGGCGUGGGACAGCAGCCUGCACGGCUCGCCGCUGCUCAACCGAGUGAGCGCUAACGGGGAAGUCGUCUACAUCACUUUGAGUGCUUACCUCGAGGUGGAGAAGUGCGGGCGGCCGGCCAUCGUGACCAAGGACCUGUCGCUGGUGGUGGUGGGGCGCGAGGCGCGCACGGGCGCGGGCCGCUCGCUGCGCCGCGCGCUGUUCGGGCACCGCGGCGCGCGCGCCGACCGCCUCACCGGCCUCUACGAGCUCAGCCUGCACCGCGCGCUCGAGCCGGGUGUACAACGUCGGCAAAGGCGUGUGCUAGAUACCAGCGGUACAUACGUACGUGGGGAAGAAAACCUACACGGAUGGCGUCCACGUGGAGAUUCACUUAUUUUUGAUCAUCAGUGGGAGUUAGAGAAGAUGACGCGGCUGGAGCAAGUGGGCCGCACGCGGCACUUCUUGGCGCUGCGCGAGCGUCUGCGCCACGGACACGAGAACACCGUCGCGCCUAACGACUUCACUAAAACUGAAAAGGAGGUAAGCAACAUGGCGGCGAAGGCGGCGAAGGCGGCGGAGUGUGCGCACGCGCGCGACGAGCUGUACGAGCCGUGGGACAUGAGCCCGCGCGAGAGGGAGCUCGCCACCAAAUAUAUCAAGCUUAUACAGGGAAGGAUAGGCGCUAACAAAGAAGUGGAGACGACGGCGUCGCCCACCACGCCCGUGGACGAGGGCGUGUCGGCCGACAUCAGCACGCCCAGCCUGCUCUCCUCCAUACACAGUGCGAGCAGCUUCGAACUGUGCUCCCCCGAGCGCGCGCUGCUGGAGAAGGCGGCGGGCGCGUGGGGCGCGGCGGCGGGCGGCGCGGCGCCGGGCGCGCUCUUCGUGCCCGACUGCGAGGAGGUGCGCGUGUCCGCCGCCGUGGCGCGCCGCGGCUACCUCAACGUGCUGCAGCACGGCACGCACGGCUGGAAGAAGCGGUGGCUGGUGGUGCGCCGCCCGUACGUGUUCAUCUACCGCGACGAGCGCGACCCCGUGGAGCGCGCCGUCAUCAACCUGGCGCACGCGCACGUCGAGUACUCCGAGGACCAGGAGCAGAUGGUGCGCAUGCCGAACACCUUCAGCGUGGUAAGCAAGGAGCGCGGCUACCUGCUGCAGACCCUCGGGGACAAGGAGGUGCACGACUGGCUCUACGCCAUCAACCCGCUGCUCGCCGGCCAGAUCAGGUCGCGGUCCGCGCGCCGCCGCGCCGCCUCGCCCGAGGGGCCCGCCGCGCCCCCCGCAGCGGCCCCCGCCGGGCCCCCCGCGCCACCCGCCGGUCCCCCCGCCGCGCGCCUCGCAGCA